AUGGCAACACUCCUCCUCCCAAUUCUCUUUGCAACAUCCCACGCGCUCAGCGCGCCCGCGCCCGCGACGGCGCCGGCGCCCAAGCGCGUCGCCGUCGUCGGCGCGGGCUGGGGCGGCCUCGGCGCCGCCAAGGCUUUAGCAGCGCAAGGCGUCGAGGUGACGGUGCUCGACGCGGGCCAGCCGCUCGUGGAGAUGACGACGGAGAGCGGCAAGCCUUUUGAUUUGGGCCAGCGCGGCUUCUGGAAGGACUACCCGAACCUGAACGCGCUCGGCGACGAGCUCGGCCUCGAUCCCUACACCGACUUCACGGAGAGCUCGUUCUUCGGGCCCGAGGGCCUCGAGGCGACGGCGCCCGUCUUCUCCGGCUCCAUGGAGCUGCCGUCGCCCCUGGGCCAGGUCUUCGCGUCCUUCGACCGCUUCAAGCGCCUGCCGCUCGCGGAUCGCGCGUCGAUCGCCGGAUUGCUCUACGCGAUGGUCGACCUGAACCGCACGCCGGAGACCUUCGCCAAGUACGACCGCAUGAGCGCCCACGAGCUCUUCCGCACGAUGCGCGUCUCCGAGCGCCUCGUCGAGGACUUCCUGAAGCCGACGCUGCUCGUGGGCUUAUUUAAGCCCCCCGAGGAGCUGUCCGCGGCCGUGACGAUGGAGCUGCUGUAUUUCUACGCGCUGGCGCACCAGACCGCCUUCGACGUGCGCUGGCUGAAGAAGGGCACCGUGCAGUCGACACUAGUGCAACCUUUUGCGGAGUCGCUGGAGGCGACGGGCCUCGUGACGAUCAAGGGCGGCUGCUUCGUCGCGUCUCUCGACUACGACGGCGACCGCGUGGCGUCCGUGACCUACAAGGAGGGCGAAGCCGCGCACACGCUCGACGUCGACGGCGUCGUGCUCGCGCUGGGCUCCACGGGCAUGAAGAACGUCAUGCGCGGCUCGCCGGAACUCGCGAAGAAGGCCGGGGACCUGUCGCUCGCCGCGUCCUUGGACGCGAUCGACGUCGUCGCCGUGCGCAUCUGGCUCGACGGCGUCGUCGACACGGACACGCCCGUGGGCGUCCUCAGCCGCUUCGAGGAGCUCCGCGGCGCCGGCGGCACCUUCUUCCUCCUGGACCAGCUGCAGAAGGACCAUUUGGACGAGCUCUGGGCGGGCAGUACGGCGGACAACGGCGCGCGCGGCUCCGUGCUCUCCUGCGACUUCUACAACGCGGGCGCCAUCGCGCCGUUGUCGGACGACGCCAUCGUGUCGCUCCUCAUGGACACGCUGCUCCCCCGGGCCUACCCGGCCUUCGGCAAGGUCGGCGUCGCCGACGCGUGCGUCAGGCGCUUCCCCAAGGCCGUGUCCUGGUUCUCGCCGGGCUCCUUUUCGAAGCGGCCGCCCCUCGCGACGUCCGUGCCCAACGUCGUCUGCGCGGGCGACUGGGUCCGCAUGGGCGACCGCGAGCACGGCGCCAAGGGCCUCUGCCAGGAGCGCGCGCUCGUGUCGGGCUACGAGGCCUGCAACGAGCUCGCGGCGCGCGGCGUCCUCGGGAAGCAGGCGACGGAGGUCGCCGUGCUGCCCGUGCGCGACGACGAGGUCGCCUACACGACGGGCGCGCGCGUCAACGGCGCGGUCCAGGGCGCGCUCGACCGCGUCGGCCUCGGCAGCUUCUGGGUGCGAUAG